AUGCCACCCGCUGGCAAACAUCAUCGUGGUCAAGGCGCUUGUACUGAGUGCGUACGGAGAAAGCGGAAGUGCGAUGAGAAGCGGCCAGCUUGUUCUCUUUGUCGACAGCAUAACCGUGUUUGUCAACCACGUAUAUUCAAACAAUGGAAAGGCCUCUCCGGGCGCCGGUCCAAAAGCCCAAACAACAAUCUACAAGGCUUGAUUAAACUCGAAGACUUCGCGACGACUUCAGUACUCUCGUUCUCUCCGAAAUCCGAAAGCAACCUGACCGAUCUUGUCAACCCUCAGUUGUCUCCAUCAUUAAGCUCUGCCACAUCUUACACACCAGUCUUUGUUCCUGAUGUCGUGUUGGAAGCCUCCUCGGGGAGCCAUGAAUAUGGCAGCUGGCCUUCGUACGAUCCGGUGACUGAACCAAUCUUCGGAGUCGAGGCUCAAAAACAGCCAAUAGGAAUUGUCGAAGAUCUUGAAAAUGAUCAAGAUUAUCAGCAAGAAUCUCCAACAUCUCAGGUCACCACCUUCGAGCAGGCUCAUUCCGACAAAUUUUUCCCAGAGUUCCGAACGUCGCUGGUAGCCAACCCUCCUCCUCUACCCAAUGAUAUUCUGGAUUCACAUAGGAACAAGUUUCUAUGGUCAUAUUUUGUUGCGCAUGGCAUCAAAAUGUUUUUGUGCUGGGAUCCCCACAAGGUUGACAUUGACGGCGCACCUCCUGAACCCUUUACAAAGGUGUUCGGUUCCAUGGCCUUUCAGUCUAAACCUUUGAGGCUUGCUGCCAUGGGUUUGUCGGCAUUCUUGCAGGGAACAAAGACACAAACGCCUGCUUUGCGUGUGGUUUCAUCGAACCUUGGUCGCUUGGCAUCUCAGGCUCUUUGCUCGGAACACAGAGUGCUACCGACAAAUACUCACAGCUUGCUGCAAAUAAUCGCUACUGCCAUUCUCCUGUUCCUCUCCGACCCACAAUGGUCAACAAGUAUGCUUCAACUCGCCCGAAGCACAGCAGCUUAUAUGCUUGGCCAAGAGACUCGAAACAAUGUCAUCGAGGACGAGUACUUUGAGGUUGUAAUGGCAUUGCUGCGAUGGUGUGAUAUUUGUGCACACUUCUCCCUGCUGCAAUCUGUGGAGAUGUCUGACGACUACAUACAUCGGUCAAUCGAAUUUCAAGAGCGGGAACAACAAGCAUCCAUUUCUCGCACCUUCAAAUCAUGGAUCAUCAAUCCCUUAUACACUUUUUCAACACGGUGGAUCAACCCAAUGUUGAGGCUAGGCAGACUCACCAGACUCCGACAGACUGCCAAAAAGCUAGGAUUUUCAACCCCGGAUGAAUAUCUGGAAAAACAGAUCGACGAGCUUGAAGAAGAGCUACUGCUUGCCCGAAACGAAGACCUCAAAGCAUGCUCAUCUCUGUGGAACGACUUGCCCGACCUUCUGCUACUGAAUGAGGCCAUGCAUUCAGCCACCGUUUUGCUCUUUUACACCAGACUCCGCGACCUCCCUUGGUCAACUCCAUUCGUUCGGCGUCAUGUUGACAUUAUUUGUGAUCAGACUGAACAGAUCAGUCCAGAGUCACAAAGUUCGAACAACAUCUUGUUUCCCCUUUACGUGGCUGGAUGCGAAGCCGUUGAUGUAGGAAAAAGAGAGCAGAUUGCAAAUCGCCUCAGCCGCCUUCCUGCCACGGGAUACUGGUUCAAUCAAGAAACGAAGCUGGUAUCGAGUUUGCGACAUGUCUGGGCCAUCAGGGAUAAUUCUCCUGGUACCACAUGGAUCGAUUGGAGUCAUCAAGGUUCGAAAGCUCACAUACCCAAAGUGAAUUGA